AUGACAACUCGCAAUCCUCUGUUCUACCAAUCGUCGAAGUGUGUCGCCCUGUACUUGGAUGCGAAUAUAAGAUUCCAAUUGUUCCUACAAUGCCCCGGAAUCCGUUCUGUUUACAAUACUCAACCGGUUAGAAUCCAUGAGUUGAAAGUGCGCCCCAACAACUUUCAAAUCAAUGGUACCGUCUUCAGUGUUGGAAUCAUUAGAAAAUACUCAACAACCACACCAACUCCUGAAUCCGUAAAACUCCGGAAUGCCGACGGUGGAAUCCAUCAUGACGUGGAUAGGUAUGGGAUAAGAAGUGAUGGACGUGAGGAGGGGAAUCAAGAGAUGGCGGGUGCAAUGCGUGACGCCACCCAACUUAACUUUUUGGAAGCGCUGUUGGAAUUUAUGGUGAGAGAUGGUGAGAGACAGAGAUGUGAUAUGGAGCAUGACUGGGAUCUUUGGAUAGAGGCGAGACAAUUGGAGAUUCUCUCCUAUCGUAUGCGAAUCAGUAACCAGGAGCCACCAUUCACUCAAUAUCUCCAAUUGACGAUUACAACUGGCACUGUGCAAAAAGUGGAACGUGUGGAGUAUGACAAGAAUCUCAAGUUCACCAGAGAUUACAUUCUCGGGAAGAUCUUUGGUGUAGUAAAAGUUCAAGUCGGAAGUCUACAAAUCGGAGAAGACAAAUUCAACUCACGUUUGGGCCUUCAUCAUGCUGAAGAUGAAGAGAUAGUACUCGCGCGACCGGGCAACGCUUUCGAUGUUUAUACACUCAGUGGUCAAAUUGAACCAUUGUUGCCAGUUCCAGAAGGAAAAUUGGAAAUUGCCGAGAUGCGAGUUACUGGAAAUCUGAAGAACGCACUGACUAGUAUCAAGACAAGUCUAUCCGAGAACCCAUUGAAGAAGUUAACAUGUGCUUAUCAGCCAUUUCCGGAUGGCCCAGUGCUUCAAAACGCUGAAAUUCUAUGUAUUGCUGGUCCCGUAAGUCUCAAGGUGUUCAAUGGGAAUCUCAACAACAAUCGAAUUCAUCUCAGAAGUUGUAACAUUAUGCAGACGGACUUUAUGAAUCUUGUUAAUAAAUGGACAACGGAAAAGAACGAGGUUGGCAGAUUCUACUCCAUUGAAUUCAGACAAGAAAAGGGAAUUAAGCGAUUCAUCAAAAUGUUCAGAAACCUUCCAGUGGCGGAGAGAGGAGAAAACGAUGAGUCAAGAUUGUCCCAGUACCGAGAGUGCAUCAUUAUCCCGAUGAGAGAUGAGACCGAGUUAAAUGUGUGGUGUGAGAGAACAAACGAGAAUGAUAAGGCGUACUGUGACAAUAAAUUCAUAGCGAAGAUCAAAGUGCAGCAUAGUGGAUAUGCACGAGUUCAUUGA